GCCAUUCGCGCUUUGGAUGAAGGUGACAUUGCCUUGCUGAAAACCUAUGGCCAGAGCACAUACUCAAGGCAGAUUAAACAAGUGGAAGAUGACAUUCAGCAGUUACUUAAAAAAAUAAAUGAACUUACAGGCAUUAAAGAGUCAGACACUGGCUUGGCUCCUCCAGCUCUCUGGGAUCUGGCUGCAGAUAAACAAACUCUUCAAAGUGAGCAGCCACUGCAAGUAGCAAGGUGCACAAAGAUAAUAAAUGCAGAUUCUGAAGACCCCAAGUACAUCAUCAAUGUUAAGCAAUUUGCCAAGUUUGUGGUGGAUCUUAGUGAUCAAGUGGCCCCUACUGACAUUGAAGAAGGGAUGAGAGUCGGUGUUGACAGAAACAAGUAUCAGAUCCAUAUCCCACUACCUCCAAAGAUUGAUCCAACUGUUACCAUGAUGCAGGUGGAGGAAAAACCUGAUGUUACUUACAGCGAUGUUGGUGGCUGCAAGGAACAGAUUGAGAAACUCAGAGAAGUGGUGGAAACCCCUUUGCUUCAUCCAGAACGAUUUGUCAAUCUUGGGAUUGAGCCUCCCAAAGGAGUGCUUCUCUUUGGCCCUCCAGGGACAGGCAAAACCCUUUGUGCUCGUGCUGUUGCGAAUAGGACUGAUGCCUGCUUCAUCCGAGUGAUUGGAUCUGAGCUGGUGCAGAAAUAUGUGGGAGAGGGUGCCCGAAUGGUUCGGGAACUCUUUGAAAUGGCCAGAACAAAGAAAGCUUGUCUUAUCUUCUUUGAUGAGAUAGAUGCUAUUGGAGGAGCUCGCUUUGAUGAUGGUGCUGGAGGAGACAAUGAAGUCCAGCGCACAAUGUUAGAACUGAUAAAUCAACUUGAUGGCUUUGAUCCAAGAGGCAAUAUUAAAGUGCUGAUGGCAACUAACAGACCUGAUACCUUGGAUCCUGCACUGAUGAGACCCGGAAGAUUGGAUAGGAAAAUUGAAUUUAGCCUACCAGAUCUGGAGGGACGAACCCACAUAUUUAAGAUACAUGCACGCUCAAUGAGUGUUGAAAGAGACAUACGAUUUGAGUUGCUGGCUCGACUGUGUCCUAAUAGCACUGGUGCUGAAAUCCGAAGUGUUUGUACAGAGGCAGGUAUGUUUGCCAUCAGAGCCAGGCGAAAAAUUGCCACUGAAAAAGACUUCUUGGAAGCUGUGAACAAAGUCAUCAAAUCAUAUGCCAAGUUCAGUGCUACUCCCCGCUAUAUGACUUACAACUAAUCCUGGGUCUCCUGAAGAAAUCUCUUCAUUAUACUGAUAAACCUUAUCUAAAGUAAUAGGUGGUAUGUGUGUGUAGUUUAACUAUAGUUGGACAAAUUUGGAAAUAAAAGCAACAUUCCAGAUUA